ACGGGGCUUACGGUAGCUCGUACCUUGGCCCUGCUGGAGAGCCAGGCAGGACCGUGCAGCUGCCCCAGGGUGAUCUCCGCUUCUGUCGCUGAGGCUGACCCUGUCCACCUCUGCCUGUCGGCCCAGACCAGCCAGGCAGGACCUGGGCGGAGCCCCGGGUGGGGACCAGAGCGAGGUGACAUCAUCUGGAAGGCACAUCCCUCCCCAUCGCGUCCACACUGGCACAGGAGACUGAUUGGGGUCGGGGGCUGCAGGCUGCCGGUGGCGACACCGGGAGCGAGGAGGACGCAGAGCCCAGGGAGCCGGUGGAGGCCCCUCCCGAGGCCCCGCUGCCCAUGCUGACCUCCCGGGCCUUCGGCUGCCGGCGUGAUGAGUAACACCACGGUGCCCAGCGCCCCCCGGGCUGACAGCGACUCCAUGGUGGGCUAUGUGUUGGGGCCCUUCUUCCUCAUCACCCUGGCGGGGGUGGUGGUGGCUGUGGUAAUGUAUGUCCAGAAGAAAAAGCGCCUGUGUCCCAGGGAGGAGCCACUUAGUGUCCCCACCUGUUCCCCAGGGUGGACAGGCUGCGCCAUCACCUGCUCCCCAUGUACAGCUACGACCCGGCUGAGGAGCUGCACGAGGCGGAGCAGGAGCUCCUGUCCGACGUGGGAGAUCCCAAGGUGGUGCACAGCUGGCAGAGUGGUUACCAACACAAGCGGAUGCCCUUGCUGGACGUCAAGACGUGACCUGGGCCCAGACCUCCAGAGCAAGGGCCCUGCCACCUGCCCCCUCCCCCUGCACUGAUGGCCUUCCUUCUGGGGUAGGGGCCCAGUCCGCCUGCUUCUCAACAGCCCAGGAGCCACCUCCGGGAGGGUGGUCAGCUGUUUCCCUCGUGUGGGGACAGAUGUAUGAUAUCCAGUAUAUAUAAUAUUUUGUAAAUAAAACGGGUUUGUGGCUAGGGAUGUGGCUAA